AUAUAUAUAUUUUUAUUAAAAUAAAAACAGAUCGUGAAGAGAGGUGAAUCAAAUAAAAUGGCAGAUUAUCCAAUGAAACCAGUUCUUCAAAAACCACCAGGCUACAGAGAUCCAAACACGCCCUCUCCUCAACCUCCUCCUCCACCACCUCCCGUCGCAGCCAGACCCCAACCACCACCCAUGAGAAAACCCGCCGCCGGGAUGCCUUCCUCCUUCCGACCAAAGCGAAAACGCGGAAACUGUUUCAAAUCCUGCUGCUGCUGCGUCUGCAUCACCAUCGUCCUCCUCGUCUUCCUCUUCCUAAUCGCCACCGCCAUCUUCUACCUCUGGUUCGACCCCAAGCUCCCCACCUUCAGCCUCUCCUCCUUCCGCCUCGACGGCUUCAAACUCUCCGACGACCCCGACGGCUCCUCCCUCUCCGCCGCCGCCGUGGCCCGCGUCGAGAUGAGGAACCCCAACGCCAAGCUCGUUUUCUACUACGGCGACACCGCCGUGGACAUGAGCAUCGGUAAUGGAAACGACGAGACGCAGAUGGGAGACACGACGAUUAAUGGGUUCCGACAAGGUCCAAAGAACUCGACUAGCGUGAAAGUUGAGACCGCAGUGAAGAACAUGCUCGUGGACAGAGGGUUGGCUAAGAGGCUCGCGUCCAAGUUUCAGAGUAAAGAUUUGGUGAUUAACGUUGUUGCCAAGACAAAAGUUGGAUUAGGUGUCGGAGGGAUGAAGAUCGGGAUGCUCGCUGUUAAUUUGAGAUGCGGUGGUGUUAGUUUGAACAAGCUUGAUACUGAUUCGCCUAAAUGCAUCCUUAAUACACUCAAAUGGGUGAAUCUAAAGUAAGGAGGAAAGGAAGACUUCAGGGGUGAUUUGAAAAUGGCGGCAACAUUCGUAUGAAUAUAUGUUGUGACUAUAACACUGUAGAUACGUAUAUAUAUACACUUUUCCUUUUGUUUUAUAUUCUAAUCUUCGUGUUUUAUAUAUUUAAUUACUAUUAGCAGAUGUUAGUAAAACAAAUAUUAUUUUCUGGGAACAUGUAGAGAGUGUUGUGUUGUUAUUUCUUUGUGUGACAUAAUUUUUUUAGUGUAAUAUAUUGUGUGAUUUGAGAGGAAAUCCCAAUGUAAUGUGUUGAGUGUAUUCGAAUUUUGUGUAUUUUUGGAAUUUUGUAUAAGUUAAUGAUGGAGAUUUGUUUGUUGGUUUAGUAUAUGAAUACAAACUCGCGUAGUUAUCAUCA